GCGGGGGGAGCCAUGGCUCGUGGCUCAUCCCCCCCUUCUCCAGCGCUUCACCUUACCUCCCCGUCCCGCUUCCUCUGACACGUGCCCUAUGACACUUUCUCUGUGUGUGUGUCUCUCUCGGGGCCUCUCCCUCUCCGGGUGUGUAUGUGUGUGUGUGCGUGGGGUUCAGUGUGUGUGUCUCUCCGUGGCUUCCUGCUCUCUGGCCGCCUGUGUGUGUCCGAGGGCUCACCCCACUCCGCUCGCCCUCUCCCCGUCUCUCUGAGUGUCUCUUCCUCUUUGUGUGACUCAGGGUUCCGUGUGUGUGUGUGUGUGUGUGUGUGUGUGUGUGCACGCGCGCGUGUGUCCGUCCGUGCGUCUGUCCUCUCUGAGCCCGUGCUGGUGCCUGUCGCUCUCGCCCCUCCGUCUGUCUCUCAGCGUCUCUCCCUGUCUCUGCGAGUGUCUCUGCGUCCCCGUCUGUGCAGGCCGGACCGGCCGGCGGAUGUGAGGGAUGAUUCAGGGCUGACAGGAAGCCGCCGCCUCGCCCGCUGCCCGCCAGUAUCCGCGGCGUCGCGUCCGCUCGGCAGGUGCGCCGGCUCGGCAUGAGGGGGCCGCAGUGACAGGGCCCGGCUCUCAGCACUGCCGGACAUGUGGCCAGGAGUGGACAUGAAUGUGGAGAGCGAGCUGCUGUGGCCCGGGGUGGCCUUGUUGCUGCUGCUGGGGACAGUGGCCAGCUUGUGCGUGCGCUGCUCCCGCCCAGCGGUGAAGAAGUCUGAGAAGAUCUAUGAGCAGAGGAGCCCGCCUGGGGUGGACACUUUCUUCUGGGGACAAGGUGGCACGUGUGGGCAUCUCUGGUGCGGCGUGAGAUGGAUGAGGAGGGCCUCGACUGUGGGGAGAACCCGUGGCCUCUGUCCUAAGGGCAGAGGGGAGCCACAGAGGAGCUGGGAAGAAGGAGGGAGGAGAGUCAACAGAACUUUGCGGUGGCCCGGACCUAUUCCUUGGUCAGGCAAGCCUGGCCUGGGGCCCUGGUGGACAUGGACUCCGACGUGGCCCCAACAAGGAAGGACAAGCUGCUGCGCUUCUCCCCCAGCCUCGAGGAUUCUGAGUCCUCCAGGUACCAGAACUUCAGCAAAGGGACCAGACGGGGACCCAGAUCCGGCCCCGAAGCAGCCCACCCAGACCCCAUUUCCAUGGACUAUUACAACUGGGGGCAGUUCCGGAAGCCCCAGGAAGAUGAGGACAACGAGGAUGCCAAUUCCUACGAGAACGUGCUCAUCUGCGCGCGGACGGAGCCCGACUCAGGUGACGAGGGAUCGGAGGAUUACCAGAACUCCGCAUCCAUCCGGCAGUGGCGGGAGUCCAGGAGGGCCGUGGAGCGAGCCCCGAGGGAAGAGCCUCCGACCCUGGCAGGCAGCCCAGACGAGGACGACGACGACGACCCUGAUUACGUGAAUCAGAGCGUGGCAGCCCCAGAAGCCUAGGAAGGCUCUGGAAGGAAGGAGCCGAGGGAGCCACUAGGCCGAGGGCUGUUUACUGCCUCCCCUGGGGUCACUUCUCUCUCGGGAGCUGCCCAACCUCUAGAUGGCCCACGGUCACUCCUGGGCGAUGCACCGAGACGUCCAGAGGACCAUCCGUCAGGCUGUGGGGGGCCGGCCGGGGACAGGACAGUUAUAUGGAGAAAUCAGCCCCUGGCCCGGCUUCUGCGAGAGCCCAAGGCUGAGGGCAGCGUGGCUCCUGCCCUGACCGAUGCCCCGGGGUCAAGGCGAGCUACCUUCCUGUCCCCACGUCUGAGAAACACCGCGUGUCGCUGGGAUUCCUGUGCCUUUUUGCUUCGGAUUCAGAUUCCAAAUUGCUGACUCGUGUCGAUGGCUGGGAUCUUUUUUGUGAGCCGUGGACGUGGACAGUUAAUUUAUGUGGGUGGGACCGUAUUUAAUAAUCUACAGCCCCGGGUGCAGAGCGUCACCUGUCUCGUCUCCUGGAAGCAUUACACGUCAUGGCCACCAUCGGGGGCGCCCCAGAGCCCCAUUCUUCGGGCCUCAGUCCACUUGGAGGCGGUGAGGCUACAGGACAGCCCUUCCGUGGGGACGUCUGCUGUGGGCAAAGCACGUUGUGUUUCUGGAGAAGGAGCAGUGCGGAGCGGCUGAGUGGCACCCCUCUCCGUUGUCCCCGAGUCCUCCCCGGCCCCAGGACUGGACUCGCUGAGCUGAGCAGGAACCCAGCUGCCUCACUGCAAGCACAGGGGCCGCCAGGGACCUUCGGAGGCAGAUAAAGCCACAGCCAGAGGGACUAGAUGUUUCCUUCGACUGAAACGUCUCAAUAAAGCCUGUUCUUACUAGCGA